GAGAUCCUGUGCCUACAGGAAGUGCAGGGAGCAGCUGAUGGCUUGGUGAGACAGCUGGAACCCAAGGUAGGUAGGCCGUCUCCCAGGAAAGCUUGUGUUGGCGGGGGCUGUUGUAGAAGAGCCAGCGAGCCGCUGCCUGGCACCAGCCCACCCUGGAAGGUGCAGCUGGAGAGGAGAUUUCUGAGGCUGCAGAGAUGGGGGUCGGAUGCUGGAGGAACCCCUUGCUGCUACUGGUUGCCCUGGUCCUGGCGGCCAAGCUGGGUUACUUCCAAAGGUGGGAGGGCUUCCAGGAGAUGCCUAUGAGCAAGAAAAACAUGAAUUCAACACUCAACUUCUUCAUUCAAUCCUACAACAAUGCCAGCAAUGACACCUACUUAUUCCGAAUCCAGAAGCUAAUUCGAAGUCAGAUGCAGUUGACCACGGGGGUCGAGUACAUGGUCACCGUGAAGAUUGGCCGGACCAAAUGCAAGAGGAGUGAAACGAAGAAUUCUACCUGCCCCCUGCAAAGCAAGAAGCUGAGGAAGACUCUCAUUUGUGAGUUUUUGAUGUACACUGUGCCCUGGGUCAACUAUUACCAGCUCUGGAACAAUUCCUGUCUGGAGGGCUGA